AAUCCGCAGUAGAAGGAAAAACGAGAAAAGAAAGGAAGACAAUCUUUCUCUUUUCUCUCUCUAAACCAAUUUGAUUUGGAAGAUAUCUAAACCAAUUUGAUAAGAUCCGCAGCAAUUUGAUUUUUCGCCUACUUCCCUAAACCAAAAAUUCCAGAUCCUCUUUUGGCUUCACGGUAGAAAUCCCUAUUUGCGUCAUCUUUUCGCCUCUGCUUCUCUAAUUCUCGCUCGUCGGGCCUUCCCCAGCCGGCGCUGGGUCUUCUGACGGUGGCCGGCUCCGGGCUGAGUGGUCUCCUCCGCGAUUUUGGGUUAGUGCCUCCCCUUUCCGGCUUUGGAAGAAGAUGGCGACUCAGGCGAGUUCAGCGUUGACAUGGUCAUUGACGCCUCUGCUCCGACCAUCCGCGCCACCGUGGUCCAGGCGGCCACCGUCUUCUACGACACCCCAUCAACUCUUGAGCUAAUUUUGCUUGGGGGAACUUUUUCUGAGAAAAUUAGGUUAAGGCUUUUAGGAACAUCUCCGGCCGCGCAAUUGCUUGCUAAUGAGCCCGGGGAUGCGGUUCGAGGGUCGCGUUUUGAAGCAGUCUCAGGAAUGGACGGUGGUGAUCAAAAUGGUGGUGGAGGGUCACGAUGGAACCCAACAAAGGAGCAAAUAGAGAUGUUGGAGAGCUUGUACAAGCAGGGUGUACGUACACCCACGGCCGAACAGAUACAUCAGAUCACUGCCCGCCUCAGGGAAUAUGGCCACAUCGAGGGCAAGAACGUCUUUUACUGGUUCCAGAAUCACAAGGCCCGGCAGAGGCAGAAGCAGAAGCAGGACUAUCUCAACUGCUUUCUAUAUAAUACCCCUCCUUCACUACUCCUCCCACAAAAUCACAAUGGUUUAUGCAGCCCAUGGUACACAUCAGCCAAAAGCAUAGAGCCAGGGUUUUAUCAGCAGUACCCAAAUGUACAACUGUCUACAGCAGCAGGUAAUUUGAAGGGGGAAAGGUACAACAGGUUGAUGCAUGGAAGCCAAAAUGUGGGAAAAGAAACACUGGAUUUAUUCCCACUUCACCCCACUGGAAUUCUGCAAGCCAAAAGUGGGGUUAUUGAGAGUGAGGGUAGUAUUGGAAAUGAGAAGAACAAAUUUGCUACUACAACUUCUUCUAAAAAUGACAACAAGAAAGCUGGCAAUGCUCAUCACUUUUUUGAUUUUUUCUGCAGAAAUUGAAGAAAAAAAAAUUAUAAAGACAGAAAAGGUCUUUCUUUUAUUUCAGAAAAAAGAAAUUAUUAAUCACUGAAUUUUAGGUUUUUUAUUUUUUCUCAUCAGAAGGGACUGACAGGAUCUUUGAUUGCUAGGUGGAGAUUGAAUUUUCAUGUUGACUGAAGAUUAGAGGAUUGAUUUCAAUUUUAUUUUUCUUUUUUAAUUUAUAAAGAAAAACAAAAAAAAUUGGUUGCUGUUUUUGGGGCUUUGAGAAGGGGACUGACACAAAAGGUUGCUUUUUUUCUGUUUUGGGCAUAGGCAAAAAUGGUUUGUUUUAAGUGUUUGUAGUGAUGACUGGUUGAUGAAGACUUGCUUGUUUGUUAUUUCCAAUGUUAUCUGAAAAUUGUGUACGUCGGAUAUUUCUUUAACUGCAUCCUUGCUGUUGCUUAUUGGACUUAAUCAUGAUAGUGGUGCUAUUUACCAAGAAAAGCUAGUACUACCUCCUAUUCUUUUUAAAU